AUGUUGAGCAUUCAUCAUUUUUUGGCAAUAUGUCUGACAAAUGUUUUCUCCGGUUUCUCAUUUCCACAUCCUGCUAUGACCGAUACAAUUAUGCCGAAUAGUAUGAAAGAUUUGAAUGUUGGUACUUCGUCAGGUUACCUAAAAGCAGCUUAUUAUUUGCUUUCUUCAAUGAAUCAGACCGUGAAUCCAUGUGAUGAUUUUUUUGAAUAUGCUUGUGGACGUUGGAUAUCUGAGCAUCCGAUUCCGAGUGAUCUUGCUACAUAUGAGGUUUAUGCUUCAGUUCGUGAAAAAGUAGAACGAAAAAUGAAAGAACUUUACGAUUCAAAACAGUCGACGAAUUCAAAAGCACUGGGUGCAGUGAAAACGAUAUAUCACGCUUGUAUGGACACUGAUCGAAUACGCAGUAUGCAAGGGAAAGAAAUCGUUGAGGCCAUUGAGUACCUUGGUGCUUGGCCAAUAGUAUAUGGACAGAAAUGGUCCGAGGAAAAGUUCAAUUUCACGCAAAUAAUGAUUCGAAUUGCACAGACGCGAUUUACUAGCAUUUUCAUGAAUAUCUAUGUGUCAACUGAUCAAAAAGAUGUUUCAAGACGUUUGAUUCAUAUUGAUCAAGGAAGACUUACACUUGGUUUUGGUGCUAGAGAAUACUAUUUGAAUGCUAAAAAUUAUGCGCCACAAUUGGAGGCUUAUAAGGAAUAUAUUAUUGACAAAGCAAUGCUCGUCUCACACGAUGUUGAAAUAUCGAAGAAACGAACUGAAAUCGAAAACGAAGCCAAUGAUAUCAUCGAUUUUGAGAAGAAGCUUGCUCAGAUUAUGGUUCCAGAGGAAAAUCGAAGGAACUAUACUUUGCUAUACCAUCAAUAUCAUCUUAGUGAUCUGACCACCUUUAUGUCGGAGCCUAUGAAAAUGAUAACCAACGCUGAUAUUAGUCCACCAUUUUCGAUGAUUAUACGUUUGUCUGUUCUUCUCAAUACAUAUCGGUUAUUAAGGAAAGGAAUAAAAAAUAUGGACUGGAACAAGUACUUUCGAACUGUAGUUCCCACUGAUCUACAUUGGUAUCUAAAUAAAGACCCUAUUAUAAAUAUUAUUGAUGUGGAAUUCUUGAAACAACUUGAUGCACUAAUAAAGGUGACGCCUAAACGGACGUUGGCAAACUAUAUGAUAUGGCUUUAUACAUCGACAUGGAAUUUUCAGUUGGAUGAACGAUACGAUGACAUUCAUCAGAAGUUUCUUCGCACUAUCAUCGGAAAACAAAUGAAGUCAUCACGAUGGAAGAUUUGCAGUGAAAUAGCUGUAGAACGAAUGGGUUAUGCUUCAGGAGCUUUAUAUGUCAACUCCUUCUUUAAUGAAGCUGACAAACAAGCAGCACUCGAAAUGGUGAAUCAUUUGAAAGAUGCUUUCAAAGAAAUGCUGGGAGAAUAUAAUUGGCUGCAUGAAAGUACUCGGCAGAAAGCAUUAAAAAAGAUCAAUGAAAUGUUAAGUUUGAUUGGCUAUCCAGAAUUCAUCCGAAAUACCAAAAAUCUCGAUGAAUAUUACAAACUAUUGCAUAUUUAUCCUAAUGACACAUUCGCCCAAACCAUAACAAAGACGUCACGGUGGUCGGUCGAACGCUCAUACCGAAAACUAGUGAAACCUGUCAAAAGGACAGAAUUUGGUGCCUCAGCAUCCGUAGUAAAUGCUUUUUAUUCGUCGUUUAGAAAUGCUAUUGUGUUUCCGGCAGCCAUUCUUCAAGCGCCAUUUUUUGAUCGAACUUUCCCGAAAGCGAUGAAUUUUGGUGGCAUUGGAUCGGUUAUUGGGCAUGAAAUAAUUCAUGGAUUCGACGACCAAGGAAGCCAGUUUGACUACCAGGGUAACUUGCGUGACUGGUGGGAUAGUGCAACAAAGAGGAAUUUCAACGAGAAAAAAGACUGUUUCAUCAAAAAAUAUAACAAUUACGUUGUUCCUGAAACAAAUUUGCAUAUCAGUGGUUUACGUACAUUGGAUGAAAAUAUUGCUGACAAUGGCGGUGUUAAAGAAGCUUUUCGGGCAUAUAGAAAUCACAUCAAAAAAAUUGGUCAUGAGGAGAAACGCUUGCCAGGACUCGAACAUCUCGAUAUGAAUCAAAUAUUCUUUUUAAGUAGUGCACAAAUGUGGUGUGGGCAUUCACGACCAGCUGCGUUAAUCAGACAAAUACUAACCGGUCAACAUGCGCCACUCCGAUUCCGUGUCAAUGGCGUAGUCGUUAAUCAGCCCGAAUUUGCCGAAGUUUUCAAAUGUCCACCAAAUUCACCAAUGAAUCCUAUGUCGAAAUGCUUGCUGUGUCAAACUGAUAUUUUGGCCAUGAGAGAUAUGGAGCAAAAAGUACUUUCGUCAUUGUCACCUCACUGUUUUCAGCAUUUAUUGAGAGCCAGCGCUAAUCACAAUUCCAGUUCUACUUCAUUAAUUGCAUUGGACGCAUUCUAUCCUACAUUUGGGCAUGGCAGAUCUAAUGAAUUUAUUACAGAUAGCAGAUUUAUGUUUCGAAUGCUGCUUUGUUUCAAAUUAGCCAAAGAGGCAACAUUUUCAGCUUCCUAUCAUCCAACAACAUUCUGUUAUCGUUAUGAUUCAAAACAAUAUAAAUCUAUUGCACAUACUAUUUGCAUUCCAACAUCUUGCUUAGAAGAACAAUAUAAGUUUUGGGAUAUCUACGAGAAGGUAUCAGGUAUCGGGUUACCGGAAAACCAUACCGCAUCUUCGACAUGUGUCCAUUCUCGUCGUCCAUUGCAGUGGUACAAAAAACCCUUACCUGUCACUAUCCUUUCUGUCAACACACUUCUAUGGCUGUUUGCUUUCCUUUCAACUAUUUAUCACGUUGCAAGUGGUCCCGAUGCAAAAACUAUGAAAGAGCAAAUUUUUCUUGCGAUAUCAUUGAAGCAAAAUAUCUCUAUGAUGUUCGAAAUGCCGAAAAAUCGUUCAAAAGUGAUAACGUGUAUGUUUGGCAUACGAUUCUUAACAAUGAUUUGGAUUAUCAUUGGUCAUAUGUUUGCCUUUGUUGCUCCAUAUAUCGAUAACAUUGACGAAUAUUAUCAUGAUAUCGCUGAUAACUUUAGUAAUCAGUGGAUUGCAAAUUUUCUUCUUUCUGUCGAUGUAUUUUUGGUACUUGGUGGGACAGUUAAUGCAUACGGGUUCUUUCAAAAAUACGAGGAAAUGGAGACAAAACCAACAUGGAAAUCUUCAAAGUUUUGGCUAAAUUUCUAUGUGCAUCGAAUUGUCCGCUUAUGGCCAACUUAUUGUUACACUAUGAUAUUUAUAUAUUUUCUCACCAGUAUACAUUAUCAAGAAUUGUGGCCUGAAAUUGAUCAUAUCGCGCAGUGCUCGAAAUAUUGGUGGCAGAAUUUAUUACUUAUAGGCAGUUUAUUUGAACAUCGUUGUAUGGGAUGGGCAUGGUAUGUAAGUACUGAAUUUAUCUUUUACUUCCUGUCUCCCAUAUUUCUACUAACACUUGGUCAAAAUCAGAAGCGAGGUUAUCUGUUAUCCAUCCUUUGUAUAGUCUUAUCAGAUGCAGGUCGAAUUUUUGUAAUGAUUGUUAACAAUAUGCCACCCACACAACUUGGCUGGAACAGACCUCCUAUUUAUAAUUCCAAUUUUAUGGAGCAUUUUGUGGUUAUGUACAUCAAACCUCAGUAUCGUGCAGCACCAUAUAUUAUUGGUUUAUUGCUUGGUCAUCAUUUGGCUGAAAUUCAAGCCAAAAAAAUUUAUAAUAAGCAACAUUCGGCUAUUUUUGUUGUCUGUGGCUGGAUUUUCGCUAUUUUUCUUGCUUUCAUCAGUAUAUACGGUCUCUAUCCAAUUUUGAUCAAUUUGAACUGGAAGCUUUAUUAUCUAUUUUAUGGAGCAUUUCAUCGGACAACAUUUGCCAUUGCUAUUGCUUGGCUUGUUUAUGCUUGUCAUAAUGGAUAUGGCAGUUUUAUUAAUACAAUUCUUAGUUUUAAAUUAUUUUUACCACUUUCUGUGUUGUGCUACUCGGUCUAUCUCAGUCAUCUGCCCGUGAUAUUUGCAUCCUAUCUUUAUAUAACCUUUCCUUAUCCCUACGAAACCAAAUCUCAAUUUCUUAAUACUGCUCUAAUCAAUCUAUUUUUGGCUUAUUUGAUUGGUUUUCAAGCCUCAGUGCUUUUCGAAUUUCCGUUCCUGAAUAUAGAACGGUCUGUACGGAAUAAAUAUCACGCAAGGUCAUGA